AUGACACAACAAUUAGGAAAUGACGGAAACACUCAUUCACCAUCUGUCAUUCCGAAAACACAAAAGAUCGCUGACGUACAAAAUAUUGAUACACCUGUUAAUGAUGGAAAACAAAGUGAUGAUGAACAAGAUAAUGGAGAUCAUGGUAUCAGUAAUAAUACCAGGAAAGAAAAUAAUGUGGAAAUGAAGGAGACAGAUAAGAAAUACUACUGUGAAUUCUGUGCGUCUGGCGGAUUUAAUAAAAAGGUGGGCCUUUCACAGCAUAUGACACAUAGGCAACUUAACGAGUAUAAUGCCACUAUUGAAGUUCCGAUGAAAACGCGAUUGUGGACUCGCGAUGAUAUGUUGAUAUUAGCAGGGCUUGAAGCUAAUCCCACCUUCAUAGAGACGAUAAAUUCGAAUUCAGCUCUUGCGUUGAAAUUGCCAUCAAGAUCACGAGAAGCCACAAAGAAACGUCGACAAAACGACAGAAUACAAGACGCUGCUACAACAGAAUCAACAAUUGUAAAUUCACUUACUAUCGCGAAUGAUAGUAUAAAUGUAAAUAAUGAUUCCGGUAAUCACAGCUCUAAUGACAGAUCUCAAGGUACUCAAAUAGGAACUAGUAAUGAAUCUUAUCCCGAUAUUCGUCAGUAUAUAAAAACCAAUAUCGUGAAGGGAAGAAUUCGAUUAUGUCAAACAAUGUGGGACGCUAUGACGCAUUAUGUCAAUGACGUGCCAAAUUCUGAUCCAGUCAAUGAGUCACUGAUUGGAAUACAUCAAGCGACGAAUAGUGUUCAAUCGUCUCAAUCACACAAGGACGAUAGACAAACAAUUGAGAGCAAACUACGCAGCGCAACAUCAAUUCCAAAAGCUCAGAUAUAUGCGCAUCAUCAACGUUUAUUUAAAAAGAACAAAUCGAAGUUAGCGUCAGAAAUCUUCGGCGGUGUUGAUAAUUCUGCACUCAAACCACGUAUGUCCGUAGCUUACGAACAUUAUCGAAACAUCUGGACAAUUGAUACUAAGGAUGCUGUUUUAUUUAAACCACAAGCCUCGGUAGGAUUCGACGUUCUUCUUGCACCAACAACCCGCGAGGAGAUUGCCUUGGCAAUAGAACACACAAAGAAUGAUACAGCCCUAGGUCCAGAUCGACUGUCACUAACAGAUAUUAAACGUAUAGCGAAGAAAGAGCUAUGGUGUGCAUAUAACAUCUGGCUUGGUUACAGGCGAAUACCCGAUUCGCUUAAAAUCAACCGGACUGUUCUUCUGCCGAAGGGAAAGGACAAUCUAGAUAACAUCAAAAACUGGCGUCCGAUCACCAUAGCAUCGCCACUACUUCGAUUAUAUAAUAAGAUAUUAGCGCGUCGCAUGCAGAAUGUAUUUCGCACCAAUUCAAAGCAAAAAGGUUUUAAACCAUUGAAUGGUGUUGGUCAGAAUGUAGCUCUCCUUCACAAUCUAUUAAGACAUGCACGUACCAACAAGAAUAAUCUUUUUGUGUGUCUACUAGAUGUGAGCAAGGCUUUUGAUUCAGUACCUCACGAAUGA